AUGGAUGAAACACUAACAAUUGAAGCUACUUUGUCAAUAAGUGAACAGCCUAUUCUUCCAUCAAGUGAAGUGUCAUUAAGUGAACCAUCUGCUACUGAAAUCGUAUCAUCAAACACUAAACCAACUACUUCUCCAAGUACCGCAGUGAAUGAUCAACCAGAAAACAAUGAUCAACCAGAAAACAAUGAUCAACCCAAAAACAAUGAUCAACCAGAAAACAAUGAUCAACCCAAAAACAAUGAUCAACCAGAAAACAAUGAUCAACCCAAAAACAAUGAUCAACCAGAAAACAAUGAUCAACCCAAAAACAAUGAUCAACCAGAAAACAAUGAUCAACCAAAAAACAAUGAUCAACCAAAUGAAAACACAGAACUUCCACUUCAUGAGUCAAAACUUGAGGAAAAUCUUGGUGAAAAACGAAGCGAAAAGCCUGAUCGUUUAAAAGCUAAAACUGAAAAAGAAGAGCGACGUUUAUGUUUACUAAACGAUUCGAAUUAUGGUGUUGUACUAUGUUUUUUGGAUAAAUUUCGUUCCUUACUUGAUUUAAAUGAUUAUCCAUUAAGACUAUUAGAAGAACAUUUAUUAAGUGAUAAUGAGAAUAUUAGUCGACGUCUAAUUGAUUUUCAUAUCUUACUACUCAAACGUUUGGCACUGGGUAAAAAUGCUAAACGUGAAAAAUUUGUAUCAACGAUAACACGAUUUACAUAUCGAUUUAACUGGGACGAUGGCGAUCAUUUGGCGUCCGCAGGUUAUGCACGUGCAACAAUAAAUGUGAAAAUUCGUAUUUUAAAGAAUCUUCUUGAAUCACAAUUCGAUCAAAAUCAGACGAUAAAAGUUGCAUUACAAGAUAAACCAGCCAACGAGAUUCGAUCACAACCGGUAGGUGACAAAUACAUUUAUGAAUAUAUUUUACAUUUAUUAUUUAUUCUUGGCUAUUUGCAGCUCGGAAGAGAUCGAUAUGGUUCGUCUUAUUGGCUGUUUAUGGAUAACGAAUGUUUUGUGCGUUUAUUUCGAGAAAGUCCGGAUUAUGAAAGAACAUGGACAAAUAUAGCAAAAAAUGGUGAAGAACUUGAGCGUUUUACAAAAUGCUUGGCAUAUGAUCAAACAUUAAAAAAGAAAUUUCAAGAAUGGACACUUGAGCUACCAACAUUUUUUUUAUCUGGUUUGCCUGACGAUCCUAUCGAUUCGAAACUCUAUUUUGAUGAUACGAAAGAAACCAUUCCCAAAUUAGAUGAGAUUAAAAAAGGAGAUGUUAAGAAUGAGAACGUUACUGAUGAAAAAUUAAUUCUGAAGAAUGAAGUUAGUGAAACAAAUAUAAAACAAGAAGAUAAUGAGAAUAAAAACUCAGAUAGUGAAAAUGGUAAGAUUCCAUCCCAAGAAAUAACAACAGUUAAACAGGAGAAAAUAGUAUGUCCAGAAAUAAAAAAUGAGAUCAAACAAGAAGAGGUAACGACUAUGAAAGAGAAUGGUGAUGAUAAAGAAAGUCCAGUUGAUAGUAAAAUUUUGAACAAAACGGAUGAACAUCCAGUUAAGAAAGAGAAAAUAGGUCAGGGUGAUGAAGAAAAAAAUGAUGUAGUAAAACGGCGACCAAGACGAAAAGCUGUUAGUUGGACAAGAAAGAAGAGAAUAAAAAAGAAUAAAAGUCAACAAAUUGAAAAUGACGAUAUGGAAACACAACAACAUCAACGUGAAGUAGAAAAGCCAAAAAAACCAACGAAUACUAGAAAACGAAAACGAAUAGAUGAUGAAAAUAAUAAUACAAAUGAGGGAGAUGAAAACUCAAAUUUAUCAAUAUCAAGAACAAAUAUUGAUGAAGCAUCAAUAAAUGAUGAUCUUCCAAUUGCACUUCGACGUUCAAGACGUACAUUAAAGACUGAAAUUACAACACCCACCAAAGACAAAUCAAAUAUUCAAUCACCUGUUAAAUCGAAUAAGAAAACAGACAGUAAAAUCAAAAAUCAAAACGGUAUAACAAAACAGUCAUCUUCCUCACAACCAACAUCCUCAACGAAAACGAAACGUACAAAGAAGAAGAAACGUGUAAAAAUUGCUGGAGAUUUGUAUUUGAGUGAAACAAGUUCAGAUAAUGAAAAAAUACAAUCAGAUGAUGAUGAUGAUGAUUAUGUAGAGGAGGAACCAGAUCAUCUUGAUGAUGAAAUGGAAGUAGAAGACAACGUGGAUGAAGAUGAAUAUGUGCCAUCAGCAAAAACCGUUCUUUCCAAACGUCGUAAAGCGACAGAAACAAAUGUUGAUGUUGAUUGGGCUUUAUUACCCGAACAUUUAUCAACUACUGCCUGUUGUAAUUGUUCAAAAACAGAUCGUCCAGAAUCAUUACUUUUAUGUGAUGAUUGCGAUGAUGCUUACCAUACAGAGUGUUUAAAACCUAUUUUACUUAAUGUACCCGACGGGAAUUGGUAUUGUCCAUUAUGUGAACAUAAACGUUUAUGUGAAAUAUUAGUAGAAAAACUAAAACAAAUAAUUCAAAAUUAUGAAGAAGUUGAAUCGAAACGCAAUCAGUGUGUUUUGAAACGAAAAGAUCGUUUAGCAAAUGUAACAGCAAACUUAGAUUACAUGUUCAAACGAAAUAAAAAUGGAAAUAGGAAACGAAAAAAUUCAGCGUAUGAUUAUUCCGACGAGGAACCUGAAGAAGAAGACGAAAACGAAGAAGAAGAAGAAGAAGAAGAAGAUGAACGAGUGAAUGAAACAACAGAUGAAGAGAAAGAAAAUGAAACAACAACGUGUCAUAUUGAAAAAGUUGCUAAACAAUCGUCCACUACGAGUCGAUCCUAUAAACCAAUUAAUCGUGUACCCUAUGAACAACUGGGAGUAAGAUCAUGUAGAAUGAGAAAUCAAAAUUAUCGAUUUGAUGAUUAUGAAAAACAAAUGAAAAGUGCCAUAUUGGAUGAUGAUAAAGCUAAAGACAAUAAAGAAGAAUCGGACACUUCCGAUGAUGAUAAGAACCAGUCACCUGGGAAAAAGCCAAAGCGACGAUAUGAAGAAGAUGGUGAUUUUCUUGAUGCUGAAAAGACAGGAAAAAUGGAUGGUUCAAGUGAUGAUGAGGACGAUGAAGAAGAAAAUGAACAGGAAGAAUUGAGUGGUGAAGACUUGUCGGAUGUUGCUGAAAAAGAGAGAAAACGAUCUCGAGAUAGACGGAAAAAGAAACGAACACGUCGUCCAUCUCGACGAAAAUCAAAAAGAAAAUCAUACAGUGACGAUUUUGUAUCAGAUGGCGCAUCAGGUAGUGAUAAUAAUGAUGACAAAAAUUCUGGAAGUGAUGAUCUCGAUUUAAAUCUCAUUCUUGACUCACGUCGUCGAUCAACAAGAAAUAAAACCAAUCAGAAAUAUGUAUUCAAUGAUGACGAUGAUGAUGAUGAAAAUCCUAAAAAACCACUAAAGAAGAAACGACGUUCAAGUGAUGAUAGUUUUAAAUCGGAUGAUGAACUAAGUGAAGAUAAACAAUCUUUAAAAAAACCACCAGGUCGUGGAACGAUUACGGCGCAUUUGAACCGAUUAUUUGUUGAUCGAUCCGGACAUGCUAAUAGUGAUCGAGAAGAAAAUGUAGACGAUAAAUUUGAUUCUCCUGAUGAGGAGGAUAUUUCAUGGAAACGGCGUGCAAGAAAACGUUUGGAAGAUGAUGAACAAGAUGCCGAAGAAGAGAUCAUUGAUAAUCCCAGACAAAAUGAUGGAAAAAAAUUAAAUGAUAAUCAAAGCACGGUUAGUUAAAACCGUAACUAAUCCUUCAAAAUUGAGAUGAAACUUUGAUUUUUAGAGGAUUUUUCCCCUAAAAAAUACUCAGAAAAGGAAUGAAGAGAAUAGAUUUAGUUUUCGAGAUUGGUGUUUGGAUUGCUUCUUUUCAUUUACAUAUUAUUUGAUGACUUGAAAGAUUGAAAAUAGUCUCUAACUCAAGUAACUAUACUUUUUCUUUUGUUCCUUUAGAAUCAUUCCGUUCAAUUAACUUCUCGAAUCAGCAAUAACUUAUUGAUACCGAACAAGCAGACAAGUGUAACCGGUGUCGCUUUUAAUAAAGUUACAAUGGGUCCGUU